AUGUGGAAUGGAGGGCAUUCGAAUGCGUCGCCUAACAACCCAGUGAGCGACGACUCGGAUGAUGAAUAUGAGGCAGCUGCCGUCGCGGCUGUCCUCUGGUAUUACCACACAUACAUGGAGAGACCCCCACCUCGACCUAAGCACACCUCCGCGUUGACAGGUAUUAUGCGUGUUGAUUACUUACUUGAUGGCCACGAUGACAUAAUUCGGAAUAAGAUUAGGAUGGGCAGUGACUGUUUUAAGCGUCUUAGUUCACUACUAGAAGGUAGAGGACUACUGAGACCCACUAGGAAUAUGAAUGUAGACGAACAGCUUUUUAUCUUCCUAUAUAUUGUCUCACAAAGCCAAAGCAAUAGGGAAUCACAGGACCAAUGGCAGCAUUCGGGAUCCACCAUUUCCAAAUACUUCCAGGUAGUAUUGGAUGCAAUAUUUAACCUGCGCCAUGAUUUUAUAACACCCCCGAAUUAUAACAUUACUGAUCCAGUCAUUGCGGCGCAUGGAAGCAAGUAUUUGCCAUGGUUUCAGAAUUGCGUUGGAGCCCUUGAUGGGACUCACGUCCCUUGUGUUCCACCACCCGCUGGAUGGGAGGGCUCUGCCCAUGAUGCGCGCGUUCUUGCGGAUGCAACAAGUACAAGAGAUAAAAAUUUCCCAAAUCCACCGCCAGGGAAAUACUACCUUGUAGACUCUGCCUACGCGAAUACCAAUUGUUUCUUGGCGCCGUACCGGGGGAGCACAUAUCACCUUCAAGAGUAUAGGGCAAGACGUGGCCGUCCUCGAACUCAGCGUGAGUUGUUUAAUUAUACGCAUUCGUCCCUAAGAAAUUCUAUUGAGUGCACUUUCGGUGUUUGGAAAGCACGGUUCCGCAUACUAAAGUGCAUAAAUAAUUACCCAAUAGAGAAACAGAUACAAAUUCCUGUUGCUUGUGCCGUGCUUCACAAUUUCAUACAUAUGUACAACCAUAACGACGAGCUACUAAACCAGUACACACGAGACGGAGUACCAGUUGUUGAUAUUGAUCCGGAGAAUGCGGAUCAAGAUGUUAAUCAGAAUCACAAUCCUGAUCGGGCAAUGGAACAAAAUCACAACUCUGCAAAUCGUAGGGAAAUGAAUAUUUUAAGGGAUGAGAUGGCUGCUAGCAUGUGGGGGGCAUUAGAAGCAUAUCGCAAUCGGUAG